AUGCAGACCCAACUCUACACUACCUUCGUGGCCCUUAAUGAAGCCUUCGGUACGGUAAAUCGUGAUGGAUUCCGGAAAAUGAUGCGAAAAUUCGGUUGUCCCGGCCGAUUCGUGCACACGUUGCGUCAGCUCCACGACGGGAUGAUGGCGCGCAUCACGGAUAAUGACACAGUCUUGGAAGCAUUCGCAAUGACCAACGAAGUGAAGCAGGGCUGCGGCUUCGUCUCCACCCUCUUCAAUCUCGUGUCCUCUGCAGUGCUGGUGGACGCCUACUCUGAUGUGCGUCCUGGGAUUCGCAUCGCCUACAGGCCUGACGGGCAUCUCCUUAACAGCAGGCGCAUGCUGAACCUAACGCGUCUAUUCACGGCUACCGUCUACGAUCUGCCCUUCGCCGUCGACUGCGUGCUUAGAACUGCGACAGAGGCGGACAUGCGACGCAGCCUGUAUCCCUUCGCCGCCGGCUGUGCACACUUCGGACCGACCACCAACACGGACAAGACGGUGAUCAUGCCCCCUGUAAAUGGCCCCCAAAUCUGA